AUGGUCUUGUCGCUUCCGGUGGCGAGGCGGGAUGAGCUCGGACCGCUGCUGGGCAUUAUCAAACUCACCAAGGACAAGUUCAAUACAUGUUGUAUCCUCGCAACAUCCAUCUUCUCGCGACUCCUGCGUGCGGAAGGCCCCGUGAACGAGGACAGUACGCUGCAGACGGAGCUGAACCAACUCACGCAACGGAUCACCGAGGUCGACGCGGCGUUCUGGAUCCGACAGGCGCCGGAAACGUUGGCCUGGAUUAUCUUCACGGGGGCGGCGGCUGCCCGCACCAGCCUGGAUCGCGGGAGGCUGAUCCUGUACGGGGGCACGGUCCUUACCGCUGUUGACUCGGAGAGGUUGGUGCUCGUCCGGCAGGGAUGGGUCUACUUUGGCCUGCUGAGGAAAAUUCGGCAGGACUCUUCGGAAUAAGAUAAUCACAAUUACGUGAUGGGCAUGAUCAUGCACAGAAACAGAAUUACAUUACCGGUACGAUUAUCUUGCAAAAAAGUCUUAUCUCUACAGCAAUGAACAAGAGAAAGGUCCCAGGACACAGGGCAGUUUCAAAGCGUGCGAACAAUGCCCGCAGGCUCCGGCCUCAGAUUAUCGCG